UACGCCGACAUUUAUAUGGAAGAUGGGUUGAUAAAACAAAUAGGAGAGAACCUCAUUGUGCCAGGAGGGGUAAAAACCAUCGAGGCUCACGGACGGAUGGUGAUCCCUGGAGGAAUUGAUGUCCAUUCCCGUUUCCAAAUGCCGGACCAAGGAAUGACCUCCGCUGAUGAUUUCUUUCAAGGAACAAAAGCAGCCUUGGCUGGAGGCACCACUAUGAUCAUUGAUCAUGUUGUUCCUGAGCCGGGCACCAGUUUGAUUGCGGCAUUUGAUCAGUGGCGAGAAUGGGCAGACAGCAAGACCUGCUGUGAUUACUCUUUGCAUAUGGACAUCACAGAGUGGCACAAAGGGGUUCAGGAGGAGAUGGAAGCCUUGGUUAAGGAUCACGGAGUCAAUUCCUUCUUGGUGUAUAUGGCUUUCAAGGACCAUUUUCAGCUAACAGAUUCCCAGAUUUAUGAGGUCCUGAGCGUAAUCCGUGACAUUGGUGCAAUAGCUCAGGUCCACGCUGAGAAUGGUGACAUCAUUGCAGAGGAGCAGCAAAGGAUCUUAGAACUGGGAAUCACUGGUCCUGAAGGACAUGUUCUGAGCAGGCCUGAAGAAGUGGAGGCCGAAGCUGUGAACCGGGCCAUAACCAUUGCCAACCAAACCAACUGCCCCUUAUACAUCACCAAAGUGAUGAGCAAAAGUGCCGCAGAAGUGAUUGCCUUGGCCAGAAAGAAGGGCACUGUGGUGUACGGUGAGCCCAUUGCAGCAAGCUUGGGUACCGACGGAUCUCAUUACUGGAGUAAAAACUGGGCCAAAGCAGCUGCUUUUGUCACUUCACCACCACUGAGUCCUGACCCAACCACUCCGGACUUCCUCAAUUCUCUGCUGUCCUGCGGAGAUCUCCAGGUUACUGGCAGUGGCCACUGUACUUUCAAUACUGCCCAGAAAGCUGUUGGAAAGGACAAUUUCACUUUGAUCCCACAAGGAACCAAUGGAACUGAGGAACGGAUGUCCAUCAUCUGGGAUAAAGCCGUGGUUACUGGCAAAAUGGAUGAGAACCAGUUUGUUGCUGUCACUAGCACCACAGCAGCCAAGAUCUUCAAUCUGUAUCCACGGAAGGGGCGCAUUGCAGUGGGAUCUGAUGCUGACCUGGUGAUCUGGGAUCCAGACAGCGUCAAGACGUUCUCAGCCAAGACGCAUAACAUAAACGUGGAGUAUAACAUCUUUGAAGGCAUGGAGUGUCGUGGGUCUCCUUUAGUGGUCAUCAGCCAAGGAAAAAUUGUACUGGAGGAUGGUAACCUCCACGCAACUGAGGGGUCUGGCCGAUACAUUCUUAGGAAACCGUUCCCUGACUUCGUUUACAAACGUAUCAAAGCCAGAAGCAGGCUGGCUGAAUUGAGGGGUGUCCCACGCGGUUUGUACGACGGCCCUGUUUGUGAAGUAUCGGUGACACCAAAAACGGUCACACCAGCUUCCUCCGCCAAGACGUCCCCAGCGAAACAGCAGGCCCCACCUGUGAGGAAUUUGCACCAGUCUGGAUUUAGCUUGUCGGGUACAUAUAUGUGUGCACAGAUCGACGAUAAUAUCCCACGGCGUACUACACAGCGCAUAGUUGCGCCCCCUGGUGGCCGUGCCAACAUCACCAGCUUGGGUUAA